AGCGGUAAAAUAAGACAAAAAAGAAAUGAAAGAAAUUAAAAAAAAAAUGGCGAUCUUUGAAAGAUGGAAAAAGUUGCAGAGAAGAAAAGGACGUAUGGAAGAGAUUGGGAUGAUCUGGACGUCACGCUUCUUCUACUCUCUCUCUCCAACCUCUUCAAGAAAAUUAAUAAAGUUAAAAUAUUUGCUCAAAAUUCAAGGUGGGCCUGUUGAAUUUUCCAGUCUUAGAGAGAGAGAGAGAGAAGUGAAGCUAUAUAAUACUAUAUUACGAUCAAAAGGUCAAAGGGACUUGGUAUUUAUCCUCUUAAAGGUUCUCGGGUUAGGGUUUGUUGGGCUAUUCCUUCAAUUUUAGCUUCUGGGUUUGUUUAAUUUGUGGAAAUUCAGUGUCUUGAGUUCUGAUUCUUCAUCUACUUUGGUGGAGUUGGCCUUGGUUUUACUUCAAACUUGGCGGCUUGUUCAUACAGUUUCUACUAUUGGUAAGCUUUGGGUUAACUGGGCUAUAUUGUAUUUCUGCUUGUGGGGUUUCUGAAGGUUCAAUUUUCCCGUCAGUACGUGGCUUUUGAUUGGGGCUUGGGUUCUAUUUCUGUAUAUGUCUUUGUAAAGUUGUAAUCUUUCUGGUAAUUUGGUAGAUAGGAGUUUGUGGUUUAGGAGCUUCUGAGUGGUCUGUUUUAGUUAAUUUUUUGAAGGGGGUUGUUCAAGGGUGUCUUUGGCUUUGGGAUCAGGUGGUUCUGGUGGUUUGUGGUGGUGGUGGUGGUGAUGAUGAUGUUGAUCCAUGGGCAGUAGAACAGUUAAAACUGGUGCAAAUGACGGUAAUAAAGUCGUGACCGAGAUGCCGAGCUUUGUUCCUCCAGUACCCACUUCCAAUCCCACUGGUACAGAGGGGAGCACCAUUCGUUCAUCUCGAAUUUCAGACUUUGGAACUCUAGAGCAAACUCUUGGUUUUCGCAUAGAGGAUGCUGUUGACAUUGGGAGAAGUCCUGUAUUUAAUCAAAAUAAAUUAAGUAGCCAGGCACUGGGGAGUAGUGAUGCCCAAUUUGGCUCUUUAAAUAAGCUGUUGCCACUGCAAAAAGAGGCGCAACAAAAUUUGCCUUCUGUAUCUCGUAGCAAUCACGAGAACUGGGGGGAGUCCAGUAUGGCAGAUGGAAGCCCUAGGACUGAUACUUCAACAGAUGACACAGAAGAUAAAAAUCAGAGGACUGAACUGAAUCAAAUGACUGGUCUUCUAGUUUCUGAUUCGAGUGACAGGUCAAAAGAAAAACCUGGUGAUCAAAAGACACUGCGAAGACUUGCUCAAAAUCGUGAAGCCGCCAGGAAGAGCAGAUUAAGAAAAAAGGCAUAUGUACAACAGCUUGAGAGUAGCCGGCUGAAAUUAACCCAGCUUGAGCAAGAGCUUCAGCGUGCCCGCCAGCAGGGAAUAUUCAUUUCAAGCUCUGGAGAUCAAUCACAUUCGAUGAGUGGAAAUGGUGCUCUGGCAUUUGAUGUGGAAUAUGCAAGGUGGCUAGAGGAGCACAACAGGCAGAUAAAUGAGUUGAGGGCUGCUGUUAAUUCACAUGCGGGUGACACUGAACUUCGUACCGUUAUUGACAAUGUCAUUGCUCACUACGAUGACAUUUUUAGACUGAAGGGUACUGCAGCAAAAGCUGAUGUUUUCCACAUCUUGUCAGGAAUGUGGAAAACACCAGCUGAAAGGUGUUUCAUGUGGAUUGGUGGCUUCCGCUCAUCUGAGCUCCUUAAGCUUCUGGUGAAUCAAUUGGAACCGUUAACUGAGCAGCAAUUGGUGGGUAUUUACAACUUGCAGCAGUCAUCCCAGCAGGCUGAAGAUGCUCUGUCACAAGGGAUGGAGGCAUUGCAGCAAUCCCUUGCUGAAACCUUGGCCAGUGGCUCACCUGGGCCAUCAGGAUCAUCUGGAAAUGUAGCAAACUAUAUGGGUCAAAUGGCCAUGGCCAUGGGAAAGCUAGGGACUCUUGAGGGUUUCCUCCGCCAGGCUGACAAUCUUCGCCAACAAACGCUGCAACAAAUGCAUCGUAUACUGACGACCCGACAAUCAGCUCGUGCACUGCUUGCAAUAAGUGACUAUUUUUCGCGUCUUCGAGCCCUGAGUUCUCUUUGGCUUGCCAGGCCCAGAGAGUAAGAGGCAUUAGAUUCUUUAUCUGAAGUUGAUCUUUAGGGUCCUACUAGAGCAAUUAUAUGGUUAGAUGAUAGGACUUCUGCUGUUCUCUGGUCUUCGCGGACCUGGUUGAGGUGCAGUGAAGUUGCAUGAUUGUUCAUAGACUCCAUCAAAGUUGUGGUUGUCACAUAUGGUCAUCUAGAUGUUGUAUUUUAUGUCAAAAAACACUAGUAUGAAUAAAUCUGAUUAUGCAAGUUAUUUAAUAGAACUGAGAGGGAAUAGAAUAGUGCUAUUGUUGUUGUAGGUUACAGAUGUCAAUUUGUAUACCAAGAAAUCAGAUGAUGUCAGAGUUGAAGGUUUGCAUUCGUGUAUAUACAUAUGUUGUCUCUCAAUGUUAUUGGCCUACGGUGUUUCAUUGGUUUGCCA